AUGCUCUCACAAAAUAUUACAGGGUAAUCUACAUUUUUUUAAGCGAAAAUAACUAAAUUACAUAAAAGGAGAGUCAAGAAUUACCAAAACAUCUGCAGUCUCAGAUAAUAACUAUACAGAAACUUCUAUACUAUAGUAAAUCAAUAAGAAAUAACUUAUGUUUACAAUGGGUCAAUAUUGAGAAUGUAAAAGUUGAUAUCUUUGUUUAGAGAAAAAAAUUAUGAAGGUUAUUAAUAGAUGACAAAUCUUGAAUAAAUCAAUUACUUAUAUUGGCAAGGAGUUUAUGGAAAUAAUAAUUAGAGGGUUGGAUAUUGGAUGGCUACAUGGGAUGGAGAGGCUUUGACAAAUGUUGGAGGACAUUACAAUGAUGAUGGUAGAAAAGAGGGAAAUUGGGUAGAAAUAAUAUCGACAUUUUGUGCAUUAUGUAUUGUUUUUGAGUAUUAAAUGUUACAGCUUAGGUUUAUGAAAUAGGAGAGUAUGAGAAUGGUUUAAGAAAGGGAAGGUGGAAAUAUGUCUAUUAAAAUAAAGAAAUGUAAUUAUAAUUCUUAUUAAAAGAGGUGGUGGUGAAUAUAGUUAGUAAGGAGAAAAGUUAGGACAUUGGAAAGAACUAUAAAAAGGAUUUCAGGAUUGCUCCUAGGUUUUUUAUCAGGGGGAGUACAAAAGUUGCAAGAAAUUUGGUAGAUGGGAUGUUAGUUGGAUCAAUCCUUAUAAUAAUAAACCAGAAUUGAUGUAAAACAGUAUUUAAAUUUGACAAUUAGUGGUUGCGAAACAUAUGAUGAAUAAGGAAAUGGUAUUUAAGUAGGUAAUUAGAUCGAGUUAUCAGAUGAAUUUAAUGUUAAUUCUUAAGUAAUUUAUAAUGGCGAAUAUUAAAACGGGAAAAAAGUUGGUAGAUGGGAUAUUAUGUAUAGAGAGCAUUCGAAUUAUACAUUUAAAUUAAUGUAAGAUUUUUAUGUACCUAAAUUCUAUGUAGCGGGGGUGGAUUAUAUGAUGAACUAGGCGAAGGGAUGAAAGUAGGUAAAUGGAUUGAGUUAUUUGAUGGAUUUUAUAAUCAUAAGUAAGUCACAUAAUGUGGGCAGUAUAAAAGUGGAAAAAAAGUGGGUAGAUGGGAUAUUAUGUUUAGGGAUAAUUCUAAUUACCCAUUUUAAUUAAUGUAAAAUAAUCAUGUAUUAAUUAUAUUUAGAGGAGGUGGAUCAUAUUAUUUAAUAUGUGAGGGAAUUAAGCUCGGUAAAUGGAUUGAACUUUCAGAGGGAUUUGAUAAUCAUUCUUAAGUAACGUAUAUUGGUGAAUAUAAAAAUGGUAAAAAAGUUGGUAGAUGGGAUAUUAUGUUUAGAGAGCACUCAAAUCAUCAAUUUGAAAUGAUGUAAAAUAAUUUUAUCUAAUUUUGUCUAGUGGCGGCGGAUUAUUUGAUGAUAAAUGUAAUCAAAUAAAGUAGGGUAGAUGGAUAGAGCUUUCGGAUGAUUUCCAAAAACUUUCUUCAGUAAUUUACGAUGGUCAAUAUUAAAAUGGUAAAAAGGUAGGUAGAUGGGAUAUUUUGUUGUUGGAUUUCAGAGAGAAAAAAAACCUUUUGAUGUAAAAAGUCUAUUAAGCUUAUGUAAUUAAUUUUUUUAGUGGUGGUGGUUUAUUUAAUAAGCAAGAGUUUCCUUUAAAAUAGGGUAGGUGGAUUGAGGUUUCAGAUGGAUUUCAACAUAAUUAUUAAGUAACGUAUAUUGGUGACUAUUAAAACGGGAAAAAAGUUGGUAGAUGGAAUAUUAUGUUUAGGGAGGAUUCAAGUUAUCGCUUUAAAUUGAUGUAAUUAGUGUGACCUAAUAUGUUUAGUGGUGGGGGAUCAUAUGGUGAGAAAAGUAAUCAGAUAAAGCAAGGUAAAUGGAUAGAACUUUAGCAUCAGCUUUAGCUUGUUUUUAAUUUAAUUUUUUACGGAGAAUUCAAUAAUGGGAUAAAAAUUGGCGCAUGGAAUUUUUAUUAUAAAGACCUUUUUAGGAAUUAGGUGAAACUUAUGUAAAUUAAUUUAUAAAUAGAAAUGCAAAGUGGUGGUGGGUCAUAUGAUAAAGGUGGAAAAGGGAACAAAUGUGGUAAAUGGACUUUGCCUUGUCAUACAUUUUGUUAUGGGUAAGAAAUAACUUGGAAAGGAAAAUAUCGAAAUGGGAAAAAAGUCGGUUAAUGGGAUAUUUUCUUUACUGAAUUUGAUAGUGUUGGAAAUUUUGUAAGUAAUCAAAAGAUGUAAAAAUAAAUUUUAAAAUAUUUAUUCAGUGGUGGAGGAAUGUACGAAAGAAAAGGUGAAGAAGUUAAGAUUGGUUAUUGGAGAGAGUUAUGGGAAAGAUUUGAUUGUUUUCAUAAUGUAAUUUUCAAUGGUGAAUAUAAAAAUGGUCAAAAGGUUGGUAGAUGGAAUAUUUUGCAUAGAGUUUUUAGGGAUUUUCCAUAAUAUUAAAUGUUUAAUUGAUAAUUUAUUAAAAUAUUUAUAGCGGAGGUGGGUGUUAUGAUGAUCAAGGGGAUGGUAUUAAGCACGGUAAAUGGAUUGAAUGGCAGAACGAUUUAAUUGAAAAGAGUGAAGUAAUUUAUAAAGGUGAAUAUAAAAAUGGGAAAAAAAUUGGUCUUUGGGAUACUCUCUUUUAGGAUGAUUUAACUCAUUCAUGGAAAUUAAUGUUAAACUUAUUAUGUUAUUUAAUUUGAUUAGUGGAGGAGGUUUAUAUGAUGAACGAGGUGAAGGGACAAAACAUGGUAGAUGGAUUGAGUUGUCUGAAAAGUUUGAAUCAGAUUAUUGGGUAACUUUUAAUGGUUAAUAUAAAAAUGAUAAAAAAGUUGGUAGAUGGGACAUUUGGCAUUGGGAAUGGGUCGUAAGGAAACUAAAAUUAAUGUAAGUAACAUUAUAUAAAGUCUGAAAUAAUUUUUAGUGGUGGCGGAUCUUAUGAUGAAAAUUGUGAAGGGAGCAAAAUAGGUAAUUGGAUUGAGUUGGCAGAUGAAUUUUAUAGGGUUAAUUAAAUAGUUUCUUAUGGUCAAUAUCACAAUGGUGAGAGAGUUGGGAAAUGGGAAAAUACGAAACUUCCCAGAAAGUGA